AAAUAUAAUAUAAUGUUUGUUUAGAAUUUAAGUAGCAAGUUAUUUUGUUAUAGACCUAAAAUUUAUGUUAAGAAUUUCAAUCAAUUAAAUUUUAUUUUUCCUUUUCGUUUCACAUGAUGUGUAGCUUAAGCAUAUGAAUAAUAUUAUUGUCGUUGGAACGGAGCUAUCGGAAUGUGGUUGACUACACAGACUAAGUCAUGAACAUCCAUAUAUGUAAUACUCCUAUAUUGCUAACGUCCUAAGAUAGCACGGUGCAGAUGUAUAUACUCGUGUCUCUCUCUCGUUGGUUACAUUAUGCGUUGCGCGCAUGCGUUGGCUCUCUCUCAAACGACUAAUAGUAUACUUUUUACACAGGCGUCGCAAGCAAUAUAUAAAUACAAUAUAUAAAUUAAUUAUGAUUUUAAAAAACCGGUAGCAGCUGCUUAUAACUGUGCUAUGUUAUUAUGUUAUUAGUGAAAAGGAAAAAAACCAAGAAAAAAAUCCAAAUGAUUUCGAUGGGGCCAUAUACUCGGGUCUGUUGUGUGUGUGUGUGGCAGGAGAAAGACAAAAUGGGAGGGAAAUUGUAUUAGAAUGCACAAAUUUCCAAAAAGAGAGAAUAUUCGUAAGCAAUGGCUCGAAGCUUGUGGACUGGCAUUUACGGAUAAUAUUUCUAACACAGUAAUAUGUUCGAAUCAUUUUAAACAAAUGGAUUAUAGAUGCUACCGUAAGAAGCAAUUGAAAUAUGGAUCAGUGCCUUCUAUAAAUGUUUCAAAUCUACCAGCUUUACAGAAUAAGAAGAAUGAAAUUACGACAAACUCCGAUGAUGAAAAUUUGUUCGAGUCCGAACCAUCUGAUAUCCCAAAUCCCAACUCCAAGAAAACGUAUUUUUGCAGAACCACGUUAUGUAUCUGAAAUUACACUUGAUGUUGUCUCCACGCCAAAAAAAAACACGAAAAACGAUAGCCAUGAUAAAGGAAACUGAUAAGAUAAAAUCUCACUUGAUAAAAGACCUACAGGUCGCAAACUGGAAACUCUCUACUUGCAUUACUUCUUUACAACAAAUGUUGGAACAUUUAAAUAAAAAAGGAUUAAUUUCACAAGAAACAGAAGAGACAUUGAUGGUAUAGUAUUGAAACAAAAAACUGAUAUUAAAGGGAUAUAUACUUAGAAGACUACAACAAAAAAUGAUAAUUUUUUUCUCGAAAAGUAUUGGAGUUAUAUUUUUAACUGCAAAAAAACACUCGAUUCUAUAACUGUAAUACUUUUCGAGAAAAAAAUUGAGAGAAAAUUACCUUUUUUUGGCCUCUUAAGUGUAUAUCCUUCUUGUGGCCAUAUCAGACUAUAUAUAUAUAAUAGUAAAAAUGAAAAGCGCUAUAUAUAAAUGUGAUAUGAUAAAAAGACCACUGAAUGUUUCAUGGAACUUUUUAUUAAGAGAGUAAGAUGCAAUGCAUCAAAAUUGGUGCAACGAUGAAGCCUGCAAGAUGCAGCAACCGUCAAAAUAGUUAACAUUUUGUCGGGACUUAUAUGUGCAUAUCACAACAUUUACAUAUAAAAACAGCAUUUGCAGAAAUGUUUGUAAUGUAGUAUAAAUACAACUGAAAAGAGUAUGACAAAUUUCAGUAAAAAUUAAAAAAUAUUUGGGUUAAAGAAAUCAGUUCUUUCUCGAUUUUUUAGUCGCCAUCGUAUUUAAUUUCUUUAAAUGUCUGCACUAAGUUAUUUUGUAUGCUAUAUUAAGGCAUACAAUAUGAUAAAAAUAGAUUGUUAAUCCUGGACUGUAAUUCAUCAACACAUCUUUGCCAGUCGAAGGGUAAGGUUCAACAAGAGUAAUCUGCAUGAGAAUGUCAAUAUGCUACUGAUUUAUUGUGAUUGCAUUUUAAUAUCAGUAUUACAUUAAUUACAUUGCAAUUGAUUUUUAAUUUCGAUUAAUUACAUCAAAUAAUGUAAUUACAAAUUCGUACUGUCUUAAAAGAAGAGUAUUAAAGAUUACAUUUAAUAAUUACAAAAGGACACAAAUUACAUACGUAAAUAUGAUUAAAUAUUUUUUGCGUUUCUUGUUAGAUAUAAGUUUCUAAGUCAUAAAUUGUUAAAUAUAACAAUUUAUGACUUAGAAAAUGUACAGUUCAUUUGUAUUUCAUCUUUACUUAAAGCUAUACAUUAAAAAAUUUUCACUUUUCUGCAUUUGUGUGUUACCUGCUUGCUCGCACUCUUGGAUUUGCAGUUUCUCAAUACUUAAAAUACUAAAUCUAGCUGAACCUAACCUAACCUAACUUAAUCUAACUUUUCACUUUAAUAUUACUUAAUAUUUGUCAGUGUUUUAUUACUUAAUGUUUGCACGAAAAUGUAGGAUUGCUUAUUAUGUAUUUAUAUUUGUAGGACACGAUACCGAAUAACAUGAAAGAGUUGUUGUCGAGAAAAAUUAAAAGCAUGGAAAAAUACUCACCUGAACUCCGAAGUUUUGCACUCACUUUGCAUUUUUAUUCUCCGAAGGCCUACAAUUACGUACGGAAGACGUGAAAUAAUCUUCUGCCAAACACUUCUACAAUACGGAAUUGGUAUAAAGUAGUCGAUGGAUCCCCGGGUUUUACGAAAGAGGCAUUAGAUGCCAUAGCUGUACGUGCUAAAAGCUGAACCUAUUCUCGUUAAUUUAGUUAUAGACGAAAUGUCAAUUCGAGAAAAAAGAAUUUAUGAUAAAACUUGCUUUUAUGGUGACGUAGAAUUAGGAAAUCUCGAUGCGCGCGAAAACGAUGAUGAGGAAACGUCAGCAGCAACAAAUGCUUUAAUGCUCAUGGCUGUGUCAUUAAAACAGAAUUGGAAAAUAUCAAUUGGGUAUUUUUUAAUUCGAUCUUUAGCUGGUACUCUGCGAGCGAAUUUCUUAACACGGCACUGCAAGCUUUGCACGAUAGCAAUUGCAAAGUGUAUUCGAUAACAUUUGAUGGCGCAAAAACCAAUUUCUUCAUGUGCACUGCUUUAGGAGCAAACUUCAAAUACGGGCCUCAUUUUAAGCCGUAUUUUAUAAAUCCGGUAACAUCCGAAAAAUGUUUUGUGUUCUUCGAUCUUUGCCACGCAAUUAAAUUAAUCCAAAAUACUCUCGGCGAUAAAAAAGUUUUAAUGACCACGAGUGGCGACAAAAUUCGAUGGGAGCAUAUAGUGAAAUUGCACACGUUUCAAAAAGAAAUGGGAUUAAGCGCUGCUAAUAAAUUAACAAAUAAAUAUAUUAAAUAUAAAAAUAAUCGCAUAAACGUUCGAUUGGCGGUGCAGACGCUCAGUAAAAAUGUUUAUAAUUCAUUCAAGUUUCUGACCAGUAUAGACGAUGAGUCUGUAAAACGCGAAUUCCGAUUGUAUGGCGACUGCUACGUAUUGCUUACAAUUUAAUAAUAUGACCGACGUGUUAAAUUGCAAAAAUGUAUUUUCAAAAGAUACGUAUAAUACGCCUUUAACCGAAGCAAACUAUUCACAAUUAAAAGCUUUUGCGGACGAAUUUGAGACGUAUAUUAAUACUUUGACUUAUCAAGACGGCACUCCCAUUUUGAAAAGCACCAGGAAAACAGGUUUUCUUGGGAUAAUUAUAAGUCUGAGGAAUGUUUCCCUUUUUUGAUCAAAUAAAGUCAUUAGGAUUUACACAUCUUUAACGUACAAAUUAUUCCAAGAUUACCUUGAAAUGUUUUUUAGUGCAAUAAGUCGCGGAAGAUUUAACAAUAAUCCUGACGUUUUACAACUUAGAUCUGCGUAUACGCCACUAUUGAUACGACAUGAGUUGAAGGAAUUUGAAAAUGGGAACUGCCUUUUUGAUGGUAUUGAUAUUUUACAUAUCACGUCAAGACAAAAAAAUAUUAAAUGUUUAAUUAAUGAACCACUUGACUUAUGCGAGACCAUUGACUUCGACCAUGAUUAUAUAACAACAUUUUGGGCAUUAUCUCCCUAUGUUGAUAAUGUUGUCCUCUACAUCGCGGGCUAUGUGGCUAAAAAAGUUGAAAAUAGUGUACAUUGUUUUACUUGCCAGUCGCAAUUAAUAGGAACCAAAAUGCCUCUUUUGUCGACAAUAAAAAAUAGGGGACCGUAUAUUGCGCCGUCUGCAGACGUGUGCCACAUUUGUCACACAUGCGAAAAAGUUAUUCGCAAAAAUGACAACAAUGUUACAAAAGAAAAUUUAAGCAAAUGAUAAUUUUACAGACCUUCAGAAGAAUUGGCAUUCCUUUUUCUAAUAAUAUUAUAAAUGAUCAUAUAUUAUCGCAGGAUGUUAUAGAUAAUCAUCAAAAUCAAUUGUGUAAGUAUAUUAUUGAGUUGUACACUAAUGUUAGAUUAUAUCACGAAGCAAAUAAGAUGUCUGAAAAAAAGAGUAUUACGAAGCAAAUA